GCAGGUCCUGAAAAAUUCGGGAUUUGUCCCGAAAUGGGUACACCUGGCCAAAAAAGUGGACGAGAAGACGGCGCAAUUCCGCGCGCGAUUGGCGCAGAACAGCCCGACACAGCAGGAUGAAGACGCGCUGAAGGCUGUCAAUGAAACGAUUAGGGAGUACAACAGCGUAUGCCCUGGUGCAAAACAACGUACCUACAUAGACAUGGCAAGGGAGAUACAUAGGCGGCAGGCAUAGGCUGUGGCUUGUGAGGGGUGAAUAUACAGGCGUGGUGGACUAGGAGAUAUACGGUGCACACGUGUGUGCGAGAAGUUCGAACUUCGGGAAUGAAGUGAUGGAUAGUAAUUGAAAGGCAGAACUCUACCGGUUAAGGUUGGUCAGGGACUCGAUCUCCGAAUAAAACAAUAUACUUUUGAGGACUAUGGCCCCAACUGAAGCUGGGAGGAUAUAAGCUCUGUGCAUUUGGCCCGGUAGCUGAUUGGGUGCUGUUGGUGAAUUUUAUACGGGCAAGAGAAAGAGAAAGAGGAAGAACAAAAACAAAGUUUGUGGAGAUGUUCGGGACAUGUAGUUAAUGUUCAAACAGAACUACAGAACCAGUCUGUGUAACGAGGUGCACCAGAUAUCUCAGAAAGAGUUAGAUUCAAACCAGCUGUCGUAUCUAGAAAGCGCAAUUGAUAUCAUAAAAUAUGCGUUUUUUUUUUGUGUAGUAUGGCCCUGAGGCAGCAAUUCAAAUCAUAAAAUAUGGUUCUUUUUGUG